AUUUUCUCAUACUAAUCUCUCAACUCUUGGUAGCAUACAUUUUCAGUCGUUACAGUUUUUGUCUGAAAACAUAAUGGCCCCUACUCUUUUGUCCGAUUAUAAAGUUGGAAAAAGGUUGGAAGGCAAAGUGGCACUGAUUACUGGUGCAGCUCAAGGUGUCGGCGCUUGCAUAGCUAGGGUUUUUGUCAACCAUGGAGCCAAAGUUGUCUGUGUUGAUAUCAACGCGGAAUCAGGUCAAUCUUUUUGUGACAAAUUGGGUUCUCAAAAUGCAACUUUCAUCUACGGUGACGUGACUAAUGAGUCGGAUAUAAAAACCGCGAUCAACAGGACAAUUGAGAAACAUGGAAAGCUGGAUAUCAUGAUCAACAAUGCUGGCAUCAUAGAUGAUCUGAAACCUAACAUCCUCGACAACAAUCUUUCUGAUUUCGAGCAGGUUAUGCGCGUGAAUGUGGCCGGGGUUUUUUUAGGCAUCAAACACGCUGCCCGGGUGAUGAUCCCCGCGAAAAGUGGGACCAUCAUCAAUCUUGGGAGUAUUUCGGGUAGUAUUGGAGGGAUAACUUCUCAUGCAUAUUGCAGUUCUAAACAUGCUGUGGUUGGAUUGACUAAGAAUGCAGCUGCUGAGCUCGGGAAACAUGGGAUUAGGGUUAAUUGCUUGUCUUCUCACGCUGCUUACUCAGAGAUGGCCAAAAAACUUUUCGACUUCGAUGAGGAUGGAAAAACUAGAGCAAUCACAAGUCUUGAAGGCGUGGUUCUGCAGCUAGAAGAUUUGGCGCACGCUGCUGUUUAUAUGGCGAGUGAUGAAGCAAGGUUCAUGAGCGGACAUGAUCUGAAGUUGGAUGGUGGUUUUACUGUCAUCAAUCCUUCAUUUGGGCUGUUUUCUAAAUCUUGAUAUGAUUGUGGAAUGUUUGUUUGUUUGCCUUCGAAUAUGGCUUUUGUUUGCUGAAUCUGGAUUUACUUUUAAAGUUGAUGAAAUGCUGUGACAAUAAGUUAAUUUUUAAACAAAAUUGAAUAAAAAAAAGACCCC